GAACGCAUCAUGCGAAGCCCGGCUGUCCUCCUCGCCGUGGCUCUGGCCACCCUCCUGGUUCCAGCAUCAGGGGCGCCCAUCCAGCGGCAGGGGUCCCGGAACAAGCUACUCCUGGUGAGCUUCGAUGGUUUCCGCUGGAACUAUGACCAGGACGUGCACACCCCCAACCUGGACGCCAUGGCUCUCGAUGGGGUGAAGGCUCGCUACAUGACUCCGGCCUUUGUCACCAUGACCAGCCCCUGCCACUUCACUUUGGUCACCGGCAAAUACAUCGAGAACCACGGGGUGGUUCACAACAUGUUCUACAACACGAGCAGCAAGGUGAAGCUGCCCUACCACGCCACACUGGGCAUCCAGACGUGGUGGGACAACGGCAGCCUGCCCAUCUGGAUCACAGCCCAAAGGCAGGGCCUAAAGACCGGCUCCUUCUUCUACCCGGGCGGGAAUGUCACCUAUCAAGGCGAGGCCGUGACGCUGAGCCGGAAGGAAGGCAUCCUGCACAACUACAAGGACGAGAAGGAAUGGAGAGCCAACAUCGACACUGUGAUGAAGUGGUUCACAGACGAGGGCCUGGACCUGGUCACCCUCUACUUUGGGGAGCCAGACUCCACGGGCCACAAGUAUGGCCCCGAGUCCCAGCAGAGGAAGGAUAUGGUAAGGCAGGUGGACAGGACCGUGGGCUACCUCCGGGACAGCAUCAGGAACAGCAGCCUGGAGGGCAGCCUCAACCUGAUCAUCGUGUCCGACCAUGGCAUGAGCACCGUCAACAAGAAGGCCAGCGACCUGGUGGAGUUCCACAAGAUCGCUAACUUCACCUUCAAGGACAUUGAGUUCGAGCUCCUAGACUACGGACCAAACGGGAUGCUGCUCCCCAAGGAAGGAAAGCUGGAGAAGGUAUACAAGGUCCUCAAGGACGCCCACCCCAGACUCCACGUCUACAAGAAGGAGCUCUUCCCCAAGUCCUUCCACUACGCCAGCCACCCCAGGGUCACCCCCCUGCUCAUGUACAGUGACCCUGGCUACGUCAUCCAUGGGAGAGUGAACGUGCAGUUCAACAAAGGGGAGCACGGCUUCGACAACAGCGUCAUGGACAUGAAGACCAUCUUCCGGGCCGUGGGCCCCAGCUUCAAGAGGGGCCUGGAGGUGGAGCCCUUUGAGAGCAUCCAUGUGUACGAGCUCAUGUGCAAACUGCUGGGCAUCGUGCCCGAGGCCAAUGACGGGGCCCUCAGCACCCUGCUGCCCACACUCAGCGCCGAGGCCGGCGACGGGGUCCUCAGCACCCGGCUGCCCACACUCAGCUCCGAGGCCGGCGACGGGGCCCUCAGCACCUGGCUGCCCACACUCAGCUCCGAAGCCGGCGAUGGG